AUGCACAUCGUAUUUCGCUUGGUGUUGAUUGUUGCACUAGUCGUCAUCCUCGUUCAUAGUCAGGGUGCUCGUGGUGGAAGUCGAGGUGGUGGAAGCCGUGGUGGUAGUGGCUAUAGAGGUGGUACAAAUCGUGGAAGUACUUGUCAAGGUUCAAAUUGCCACAAAGCAGGAAUUAUUGUAGGCAGUGUAAUAGGUGGUAUACUCGGUCUAAUCGCAAUCAUCUUUCUCAUUAUCUUUUGUUGCCGUCGAUAUCGUGGUCGACCGUCAGAAUCCAAUGCAAGUUUCAUCACUAAGAGUUCUACAAAUGAACGCAAUAAAACCUAUCAAACGUAUGAAGAAAACUAUUUCAAAAAUGGAGAUUGGAUGAGUCGAUAUUAUCAAUAUGGUCAAUGGCAUGGACCACAUCUAAUGUCAAUAACAUUCGAUCAUGCCACAGGUCGAGUAACAGGACACGGAUACGAUGAUGUUGGCAAGUUUACCAUUGACGGAACGUUCUCUGAAGAGAACCAACGAAUUGCCCUGACCAAAAUCUAUGCAUUAGGUACUGGUGAUGCUAAAGAAAACUUCGGACAUGCAGUAACUGUGCAAUUGAUAUGGAAUACGAUUCAUGGUCAAUUCGAAGGCAAAUGGUUUGUUCAAACCAAUAACUAUCGUGGUGAAGAUAAAUUCGAGUUAAAAUUUGGAGGCUCAUCCGAAUCAUUUCUUGAAAAAAGGGUCGAUUGA